CAAAACUCAGCAGAAAGUUCAGAGUCUUUCUCUCUCUCAGUACAGGAAAAUGGCAGAGGCUGGUAUUUCAGUAGAUCAUUUUUCUGUGGAUCAGUUCAGCUGUCCAGUGUGUCUGGAUCUCCUGAAGGAUCCUGUGACUAUUCACUGUGGACACAGUUUCUGUAAGGUGUGUAUUAAUGGCUGCUGGGAUCAGGAGGAUGUGAGGGGCGUCUACAGCUGCCCCCAGUGCAGAGUGACUUUCACCCCAAGGCCUGUUCUGUGCAGGAACAACAUGCUGGCUGAAGUGGUGGAGAAACUGAAGAAGACUGAAUUCCAAGCUGCUUCUCCUGCUCACUGUUACGCUGGACCUGGAGAUGUGGAGUGUGAUUCCUGCACUGGGAGAAAACGUAAAGCCACUAAUUCCUGUCUGGUGUGUCAGGCCUCCUAUUGUGAGGAUCAUCUUCAACCUCACUAUCAGUCUCCUGCUUUUAAGAAGCACAAGUUAGUUGAAGCCUGUGCAGAGCUCCAAGAGGAGAUCUGCUCUGAACACGACAAACUGAUCGAGAUCUUCUGUCGUACUGACCAAAGCUUCAUCUGUUAUUUGUGUACGAUGGAUGAACAUAAAGGUCAUGAUACAGUUUCAACUAAAGCAGAAAGAAAUGAAAAACAGAAUGAGCUAAAGGAGGAGCAGAUGAAAUCCCAGCAGAGGAUCCAGGAGAAGCAGAAGGAGGUGCAGGAGCUGAAACAGACUGUGGACACUAUUAAGAUGCAUUAUCAGUCAGCAGUAGAUGACAGUGAGAGGAUCUUUUCUGAGAUGAUCAGCUCCAUGGAGAAAAGGCGCUCGGAGAUGACGGAGCUGAUCAGAGCUCAGGAGAAAGCUGAACUGAGUCGAGCUGAGCAACUCCUGAAGCAGCUGGAGCAGGAGAUUGCUGAUCUUCAGAGGAGAGUCACUGAGCUGGAGCAGCUUUCACUCACACACGAUCACAUCCACUUCCUCCAGAGUUUCCCGUCUCUCUGUGUUUCUCCUGGAUGUGACGACUCACCCAGCUUCACUGUCAAUCAACAUCUCUCAUUUGAUGGAGUGAGGAAAUCUCUCUCAGAUCUGAAAAAGCGAGUUAAGAAAAUCUGUGAGAAAGAAUUCAACAAAAUCCAUCCACAAGCUGCAGCAGUUCACAUGAUUUUACCCUCAAAACCAAAGAGCAGAGAAGAUUUCCUGCAGUAUUUCUGUUAUCUGACUCUGGAUCCAAACACAGUAAAUCCUAAACUCAUUCUGUCUGAGAAGAACAGAGCGGUGACACACAGUGAGACAGAACAGAGAUACUCUGAUCAUCCAGAGAGAUUUGACUACUGGCCUCAGGUGUUGUGUAAGGAGAGUGUGUGUGGACGCUGUUACUGGGAGGUGGAGUGGAGGGGUGAUGUGAAAAUAUCAGUCUCAUAUAAAGAGAUCAGCAGGAAAGGAGCAGGCAUUGAGUGUGUGUUUGGAUACAACAGUCAGUCCUGGAGUCUGUGGUGUUUUUCUUCCUCUGUCCGUUUCCGACACAACAGCAUUGAGACUGAUCUCCGAGGUCCAUCAUCCUCCAGAAUAGGAGUGUAUGUGGAUCACAGUGCAGGAACUCUGUCCUUCUACAGCGUCUCUGACACGAUGAGGCUCCUCCACAGAGUCCACACCACAUUCACUCAGCCUCUAUACGCUGGGGUCAGGAUGUGGGAUUCUGUCUCAUCUGUGAGGUUUUGUGACCCGAUGAAAAAAUGGUAAAGGUUGAAAUGUUGAGUAAAAUUAUAACUGAGGUAUCCGAUUGAAUUUCUCCUUGAAAUACAAAGACACUUUUGUGUGCAGAAACUGUGGCACUAAUGAAUUAUUAUUUUCAAAGUGCUUCUGUUUUAUAGAUGAAUAAUAAAUAAGUUACAUAACUAAAUGUCUUACGGAAAUGUAGGAUGUUUGUAGAUAAAAAUUCAGACAAUUUUAAAUGUAUGCACGAUGAUGAGAUUUAUUACACUGAUAUGGAAAUUUAGAAUAUCUCGUUCUGU